GAGCGCGGCAAGACGUGCAGCAGUGAUUUUUUUUUCGCUCGUGGGUGUGACGCGCAGGCAAGGGAGCUAUGGCGAGACGUUCAGUGUUGAUCAGUGAAAGAGAUGGGAGUCGGCGAGAUCGACAGCGGGGGAUUCGCACUCGGCGAAGGAAGUUGGAGGCUAGAGGACCGGCAGCAGGUGACCCAAGGGGAAGGGAGUCAAGAACAACAGCCGGGAAAGGUGCCUCUGCACCCGCCGGGUAUCUCGCCGUUCUUCUACUCUGGAGAUUCACUGUCGCAGCCCCCGCCCGCCCACAUGGGUAUACCGUCGUACCCGCUGGAUCCCAAACCAGGGAUGGCGCGGGCUCCGGUGUACCCGUUCACACCAGUCUCCUCCCACUGCGCGUACCCGCCAUUAGGCGCGCCCGACCUGCCGCCGUGGAAUUCUCCGGCGCUCUACCCCUCCACCUCUGGCGCGUUUCGGUCAGCCUACUCUGGCCUGCCCUCCAGUCUACACAGGUUUUCUCCUGGCCUGCUGCCUCACAGUUUACCGCCCCACCUGCUCCACCCCGAGUACCUCAAACACAACGGAGACAACCGGCAUAACGCGGACGUGAAACCGGUCAUAUCUGCACCACCCCCCGGCUCCGGCUCCAAACAGCAGCAAACCAAUGGUCAGGAGCCGGUGUCUGACGCUGCCCGCCUGUGCCGAGCAGAGAAGAAGAAGUGUCACAUCAAGAAGCCUCUGAACGCCUUCAUGCUGUACAUGAAGGAGAUGCGAGCCAAAGUGGUAGCCGAAUGCACUCUGAAGGAAUCGGCAGCCAUCAACCAGAUCCUCGGCAGACGGUGGAGUGCUUUGCCUAAAGAGGAGCAGGCUGUGUUCUAUGAAAAGGCUCGCAUCGAAAAGGAAAAGUGGCACGCGCUCAACCGUGACGAACAGUCCAAAUACUACGAAAUGGCGCGAAAGGAGCGCCAGCUACACAUGCAAAUGUACCCGGGCUGGUCGGCGCGGGAUAAUUAUGCCCAGUCUAAGAAGAAGAAGCGUAAAAGGGAUAAGGUGGACGGAGGUGAGUUAGAAGCCCAGAUGAAGAAGUGCCGGGCCCGAUACGGUCUGGAGCAGCAGGACCAGUGGUGCAAACCGUGCAGGCGGAAAAAGAAGUGCAUACGCUACAUGGAGGACGGCGAGGGAGGAGGCGAGGACGGCGAUGGUGACGGAGAGGACGCCACAGACGACGAGGACGGCAUGGAUUCCUCCGGAAAUGGCGACGACGCCCAGACGCCCAACUCGGGGUCGACGGACGACCAAGCGGCCACCAACUCACCCUCGGUGUCAAUGUCGAGUCUGGCCAGUCCCGGGUACUCAGUGACCUCGCUGCUCAGUCCCAGCCCCAUGGCGCCCAGUCCAAAGACGCCAGGAGGGGUCAUGGUGAACGGUGUCGGCGACGCGGCGGCGGCGGCGGCGGCGGCGCCCGUCACCUCGGCCGGCUCGGGCGGGUCGUCGGUACCGUCACCGGCGUUCCAGCAGCCGCGCACGCCGGUGGGAGCCAACCCGCGAGACGUCAACAACCCCCUGUCGGUGGGCCAGCUGACCAACAGCUCACCGCGCCCCUGCCAGCCGCUGGGCGGGCCCGCCGGCGCGCCGCGCACCGGCCAGCCGCCAGCCGCCUCUUGCGUGAGCGUCACGUGACCUGCGGAGCCGCCGCGCGCCGCCGCCUAGCGUCGGUCACGUGACACCCACUGUGCCAUAUGUAGGUGUAACGCCAGUGCCGAAUCCAGGUGCAAUUGCUGCCGAGGCGCCCCCUGCCGCCGCUGGCCGCAGAGGUGCUGCCAGAGUGGCGCGCUCUUCGGCGCCCUAAGUGUACCCCGCUUCCUGAUUGUGCUUACAGAAUGUGAUAUUGCUUGAGCCCACGUGACGCGGUGGUUCUGGCGCCGCCGCUCUGGUGGACUGGCGAGCGCGCGCCGGCGCCGACGGCGCCCGUUGUUUUGCUCAGUGCGUGUGUGCGCCGGUCGGGCGGCGGGCGCCGACUCGGGGCGCCCUGCGGGGGCGCCGGCGCCCGUCACAAACCGAUCGAGAUGUUAUAUUUUGGUAUCGCGCGCUUUCAUUGGAGCCGGAAGGUGCGGCCUGUUCUGUUGAUAGCGCAAGGCUCGAAGUAGAUACCAUGUUGGAGACAGGUCCUGGCCGUUUAGUUUUGCGACUCCCUAAAAUGCGCCCGAAACUUUACCUCAUUUCAGCUUAACAUCCAUUCCAUAUUGACUUGUAAAUAGAGGAUUUUUAUGGUGAAUCAUAGUGUACAUUGUGUGUGUGUGUGUGUGUGUGUGUGUGUGUGUGUGUGUGUGUGUGUGUGUGUGUGUGUGUGUGUGUGUGUGUGUGUGUGUGUGUGUGUGUGUGUGUGUGUGUGUGUGUGUGUGUGUGUGUGUGUGUGUGUGUGUGUGUGUUUGUGUGUGAGAGAAUGUGUAGGGCGUGUCUCAUCCGUAAUGGGGGUUUUGUUUGUGAUUGCUUGGUAAGAGUCCUUGUGUCAUAGCGGCGUAACUAAUGCUUCUCAUAGUGGCCGAGAGAUGGCGGGCGCAGCGCGCCGACCGGUCACGCUGUCACGUGACUCGGGCACGGACGCGUUUUAUUGGGUGUUUCUGUUUUGCUACCUGCAUUGUGGCGCUGUUCAUGUACAAAAUUCAGAGAAGACUGAGUGCUGGACGGACUAUUCUUGUAUUCUGUACGGGCAUCGCACUUUUGACAUCUGUUAUCAGACCUCUCACCGAUAGCCCGCGUAUUCGUUCUGGUGGCCACGCCCGAAAGUGCAUCGAGAUUGUAGGCACGUGUAGAGCGAUUUUUCUGAGCUUCAAGAGUGUCACUUGGUUAGCUGUUGCUGGAUAGUGAUCAUGUUUCGCCAGAUUGGCAUUUCAAGAAAAUGUAUGACGUUUUUUAUGUUUGGUUUGUCGCAAUGUGCUCACCACGAGAUUUGGGGAUUAUCUGGAGAGUUUCAAUCGUGCAGUUGUCAAACUUAAAAGUUCUCGGGAAGUUUGACAGUUUUCCCAUUGUCAGCAUAUUCGGUACUAGGUCGCUGCUGUGUUACCUGAGCUUGUUUGCGAGUGGCUGUUACGAACAGGAACCCAGUAGGAAGAAACUUACGCCUCUUCAUUUUCAGGAUAAUGCGUGCUAUAUUUUACCUAAAUUACUGCAAUAUUAAUAGUAUCGUUGACAACGUAAAAUCGAAUGGUAUCAGACUACUGAAAUUUAUAGACCGAAAAGUGUCUAUGGUCUGCGGACAAAAGUGCCAAAUGUCUUCACGGAGUGGGAUGUGUAAUACCUGAGCGUUCGCCCGUUUUACUAUAGGGCCAUUUCAACGAUACAAUGACAUUCGAAAUCAGUAGACAUCACAUCACCGAAUCACGUCAUCGGAACGUAGUGACAUCAUGCGAGCUACGUCAUUGUUCUAUCGUAUAUGACGUCAUUUGUGGGGCCGAUGACGUCACUCUUGACAAUCAAUUUUGGAGGCAAUAGUGGUGCACAUGGCGCCCCUUCGAACGGCGGCUCCUGCAGAUGUGACGUCACGUGAGUGUAGGUGUGUGCGUGACGUCAUACCGCGCGCGUGUGUGACGUCAUAUGGUGUGUGGUGACGUCAUUACUGGUUUGUAACGAUCUCCCGGCGAGGGCAUGCUGAUGAAUGCUUGUGGUGCAGAGAAAUACAGUGUUUACAUACGA